AAAAAGCAGCAUGGGUUGAACCACCGCCGCCUGCGGCCGCCGUCAUCGUCGUCGACAUGCCAUGCCUAGCUGCUUCAACAGUCAGACCUGUCUAGCACAAUCCUGAUCCGAAGUACAUAACUCGUAUCGCCCGAGAUUCAAGCAAAAACAGUACACCGAAAACCGCUCGUGAACACAAGACACCUGUGAUGGAGGCGCAGGCUCGACUGCGUCCAGACUUGCGUCCUGCUUGGACCGCCCGGGACCAGCAUUACUAUGAGCAUCCCAGAGCGUCCGCUUUUGCAGCCUGCAGUCCCCUGCACUCGACCACUUCGUUCAGACAAGACAGCUUGCCCAGCAUUAUGCACCCGGCACUUGCCGGCUACGACCAGUCUAUGAGAAUGCAUGAGCGAGCCAUAGUGGACAAUCUAGACGAAAGGGGGAGGCUUGGGGACCAGCGGACCUCAGCUACGGCCCGCUCCGUCUCCCCCAUGUCCGAGCAGACCCUGGAUGCUAGACGUGCAUCGAUCGCCGGCUUGCCGCCUCCUCGCUUGUUCUCCACAUCCGGCCCAUCGCCUCGCUCUUCCGGCUUCUUCAUGCAGUAUCACAGGAGGCCGACUAUCGUCGAGGAGACGAGAUCUAUGCUGCUUGCUGGCACCCGAGAUGAAUGGCCGCGCUCACACGCCUCGCCUACCAGCCCAACCGCUGGGCGUCGUACCUCAUUGCCGUCAUUUCCAACCGCAAGACGCAGCAGCCAGCAGACGCGGCAGGAACUCCAGGCAUGGGGACACAUCUACUUUUUCAACGGCUCCAAGGCUGCCCGCUUUGUGACAGCCGUCGCGCUUCCCCCUGAGGAGGGCGAAGGAAUCAAACCCAAGGUGCUUGAGCGGCGGAAUUCACUCACCAUCCGUGCGCAAAUCAGGCCGUGCGAGCUUGGGCGACCGCCGUUUCUGCUCCAGCGAACCUUCGAUCUGGAUAAGCUUAGAGCUACAAUCCCGGAGCUGCCUCCGGAUCCAAUUGGAGCCCGGAGGCCGUCAGCUGAUUCCAGCAGCCGGAGCAGUGUCUCCGCGGCUCGCCGGCGUUCCUCACCGGAUCUCGACAAAUCCCCUCUUCGCGGUGCGAAUACUGUUCCUAUUCACCUUCGUUAUGCACGCGCCUUCUUCCCGGCUCUUGCAGCCCUACUCUAUUCGGGAUACAUCAAGGCCCGCGAUAUUAUCGACCUCCCUCUCCCUCAUCCAGAGGCCUGGGUUCAGACUGUGGCAUAUGUUUACACCGGCCAGGGAGAGCUAACCGAAGCUAUCGAGGAGAACAUCCUGUAUUUGGGAGGUAAAGUUUGAGGCCAAAGCAGAGUGGCCAUCGCGUACGAAUUUCCUUUCGUACCACGUCGUCUAGGGGCGGCAUUUUUAUGCUUUGAAGCUGCAGAUCGGCCCUCAUGUACGUUGCAUUGGCGAGCUCCCGCUCUCGUUUCGGUCUUUGCUCGAACCAC